CUCGCGACGGAGGAGCGGCGGAAGUUGGAAGGGAAGGACGACAGUAGUUCUUCUUUCCCAACCAUGGACUCCUUUCUCGAGCGCGCUCUGGAAGAGGAGCAAAACGCGCUAAAAGACUUCUUCCCGCCCGAAGAGCACAGCCGGCGCCUGUCCGGCGCGAUGUUCGCGGCCCGCCCGAGCAAAGCAUCUGCGGUCGGCCACUACUUGCGGAACUCUUCGAACCUCGACGGUGGUGUCGAUGCGCAAACUGGUAUGAAGCUCGGAAGUCUUCUCACCGAUCCGGCCGGCAAUUACAUCCCGGUCGACCCGACGGGUGGCGCGUGCCCCAACGCGGCCGCGCUCUUCGCAACCGGCGUCCCAGACACGGAGUUGGAGGAGAUGCGGCACAUGUAUUCCCUGAAAAUUACCCAUCCCCAUCCAAUUUGUCAUGCAAAACAUACAUAAAAUCAUGCGUUUGUCAUGCAAAAAGUGGAUGGAGAUGGUUAAUUUUCAGGGAAUAACAUGAUCGACGUGAUGAACGACACCCUGUCCACCGUGCGCACCAUGCUCGCGGACUCCCACCCCGAGGCACGGGAGAACGUCCGCCAGCGUCGCGAGCAGGAGAGAAGGGAGGUGGAGAACUACCUGUACGAGUUCGAGACCGCGGCCGCCGUCGUCCGCAGCUACGCCACAAACACCACCGAAACCCGGAUGCGCGAGGACGCUUUGCGGAUGAACGCCACCCUGUCCACCGCGCUGCAGAACCGGCAAUCCGCCACCGUUCCAACCGCGAUGACGGCCUCGACCACGAUGGCUCCCCCGCGGGAAACCAAGCCGACGUACGAGAUCGCCCGGUCGAUGGAAACCGUGCUGGGGCUGAUGCGACCGGAGCACAAGCCGGACACGGCUUCGAUGGUGCCGGCCACCGCGGAAAUCACGCACGACGACGUCAUGCACCGCUGCAUGGCCCACGAUUUGACGUCCGCCCACGACGAUGUGCACGAGAAGUGUGAGGAGGAAUGGCGUGCGAUGGUAGAGAUGGAACGCGGUGUCGUUGAUCGCAUCACGGAAGACGCGUUGCAAGCCAGUCUUGCCCCCCUCCGCGGUGAGAUCCACUGGGAUGUCCCGAUUCCGCACGAGGAACAGUGCGUGCCCAUGCCGAACGACUACUCUGGCAGCGAGAUGGCCAUUACCCCCGGUUUCCGGCGCAAUUUGCAGGUGCUGCACAAGAAAACGAAAGGCAAUUCCAAGCAGCGCAAGUUGCUGGAGAACCAGAUGGAGGGGAAAGACUUGUUCCACGCGGCGCACGUCGGCAAGCUGCGGGAUCAGCGUCGUGUGUUAUUCGACACGCCGCUGUCUGAAGAAGCGAAGCGGAAAUUGUCCGUUACCGUCGGUGGCCUUGCCGGGGGUUCAAUGCUCCCAGCGGGGGAAUCUACCACGGGUUGCAUGCCGAUCAGCGGAGAAUCCCAGUUACAGAUGACCAUGGGGUACGAUGGUCCGGGGUCUAGUAUGCCAGCUGACCGCGAGGCCGCGUUCCACGAGUUCGGCGCCGGAAACAAGGAAAAACAAGAAGCCGCCUCUCUUGCUGCGAACAUCGCGGCCCAGGUCACCAUCGCCAUGCACGACCCGGCGGGCCAUCUGAUGACGGAGUGGCACGAAGAUCCCAUGAUGGAGUACACGGCCAUGGCGUCUACGGAUCCGUACGCGAACUCCGCCGCCGCCGGGUUCGUGCCGAUGAGCGACUACGGGUUUCGGCAGCGCAGCCGCGCCCGUGCGCUGGCGCAGAAGGAGAAGUCGAAGCAGAAAUCCAGCACGAGAAAGUUGCUUGCAGGUGACAGCAAGUUGGCGAAGAUGCUGAGAAACCGUCGGUUAGAUCACGAUAUGAGUGCUGUGGGUUCCAGUCCCAGCCCCUACGACAUGCAAUACGACCCGAAUUCCGCGAUGCAACCUUCUUUGUCGCCAAGUUCUAUGGCCCCGGGGAUGAACAGCUACCAGAUGGACUUUCCCUCCACCAUGGGCCCGAACGAGAAGAAUGCGGUGAUGAACAUGUACUUCGGCGACUCGAAAGCGACCCUGCCCCCUUCGACCGCGGAUCCGAGUGCGACCACCCCGCCCCCGCCGACCACCGGCGCGCCGGUGCACGUUGACUUCGGGUUUCAGCCCGCCUUGUUCCAAAGUACUUCCGCUCCGCUCUCCCAGGACGCGCUGUCGACGACCUUCACGACGUCGACCACGCAAACUGCGACCCCGCACUGGUUACUGGGCUGGGACUACCGAUUCGACUACAUGUGGGACGACGCGGUGCAGAUGAGCAUCGAGAAACUGGUGUACACAGGGACGAACGCGACUUUAGCGUCUUUAUACCCCGCUGACACGGACUUCGACUUGGCCAUGACGGCGGAAACGAUGGAGGCCGGUCUGCACGAGAUGGAGGCCGCGCGCCACGCCGAGCCCGCAGCCGCUAUGAACGACACUGUGAUGGGGGUGUUCGACGCCCAACUGGCGUACGAGGGGGAUCUCCACGUCCCAAGCUUUAUCCCUCCGAAUUACGACUGCUGGCAGCACGGCACGAGCAACUUCGUCGAGCAGUGCUACGACGAGUACUCCGGGUAUUAUUCUGUCCAGAAGGACUUCGGCGCGAUCUGCGAGCACCGGAAGUGGGUGCAGUCGAAGGCGAUGGAGGUCGCGGACCUGAUCCACAAAGUGAUUGACACGAAGGCCUACACCGAAGCGCAUUCGGGGUUGCAGCGGAGGGUGAGGCGAAUGCUGAAGCAGAAGAGUGGGCCUACUACUUCCAUCCCGACGUACGUACGAAAGUUGCUGAAGCUCCCGCAGGAGUGGGAGGAGGAUGCGAGCCGUCGGUUAUCCUCCUUCGCGAUGGGUCCGGAAGCGAUGAUGUACGACAAGAUGCAAACGCCUGCCGCUGCGCUCACCGGACAGAGCCCGACGGAAGACCUCCCGAGCAACAUGCCCCCCGACAGCAUGUACAACAUGAUGACCCCGAAUGAAACGGACCAGCUCGAUUCCCCCGCGGACGUCGCGGCGAUGCUGGUCGGGUUGGAAGACACGAUGGACUCCACCUUCGUCGCUGCGGUCGAGAAGAUGAUCACUUCCUUCGAGCGGAAGAAGCUGGACAUCUACUUCGAGGCCCGCGCGAAGCCGCACUACAUGCAGACAUUGCUGAAUCUCGGGUUGAACCAGACGGAGAAGGUGCAGCUGAUGCGGUCCGUCCAGGAGAUCCAGUACGCGGAGGAGCCGGGCAGCUGCCGCCCGAUGGCCGGGUCCAUGGCCAUGAUGCAGUCGGGCGGGUGCCACAGUCUGUGGGACGAGCAACUGGGUUGCGCGAACCUCCGUUGGAUCGCGACCAGUUGGGACCCGGUCACCUACGCGGAAACCUUCAACAACGACUGGUCCAUGCCGCACAACAAGUGCGAGAACAAGAAGCGCGAGCUCCGGGGCAUGGCCGUCGGCGGCACGAACAAGGAAUCGGCGCCCAUGCUCGAAGCGAUGUCGCAGCUUUUGCAGCGCAUCGGCGACCCGGAUUACCCGAAUACCGGGUUUGCGGAACUGAUGUGGAAGAGUGGGCAGCGGAAACCGUUGUCGGCAAGUGAGACGACCGCGCUUCACGGUAUCUGCGACCAUGUGUACGAAGGAACUAGCGGCUGGGGGGUGAAGACCGACUGCCGGUACGACGAUUGCGGCAACUCACUCGGCUGCGGCUGGACGAAAAGAGGACAGCGGGAAGUGAAAAACAUUCUCCAGUGCCCGGGCCAAGUGCCCUCCGCUCCGGGGACGUGUGGCGCCCAGCUUGGCGGGUCGUUCUACUGCGCGACCGCGAAGGCCGACUUCGUCGCGAACUGCCGGAACGUGCUGGACUUCUUGGUGGAGACCAUGCCAGCCGAGGACGGUAUGGACCCGGUGACGGGGAACUAUCUCGGAGGGUACGUCGCGGAGCAGAUGCGCAUGGCUUUGCUCUUCGAAAUCGACCCGAAGUUCCAGUACCCGUAUGACCCGGAGCCGGCGGACGCGGCCGGGUCGCGUCUUGCCCGGUGCGCACUGCAGGCGAUCCGGGAGAACCUGCCCGAACAACCGCUGAUGAUGCUGCACGGCAUGAUGGAGGCGGGGGAAGUCAGCCCGGCGGACGCCAUGAGCCGCGUUCUGAAGCCGAAGCUCGACACUUUCUGCAACGCGACCUCGCAGGUGUCCGAGGCGGUGGCGCAGGUGGCCAACAUGACCGACAACUGCAAGGAGUUCUGCAUGACGCUGAAGGCUUGGGAGGAGACCAGCUACCAGUUGUCUUGUGCCGCCCGACCCGCGAAGCCGGUCUUUGCGGAGGCCUUCGCGUACGGGUCCGGGGCGGAAACGUGCCGGCCCGACGUGGAGUGCAAACUGUUCAACGAGAUGGUCCCCGUGGCCGAGAAAACCGGGAUCAUGAACAAGAAGGUCGCCGUAUCCUGAGUAAAAACGUACCCACACCAGAGUCAAGAUGGGGAAUCGGCUAGACAAAUCCACAAGUUUUGGCUGUUUUGCAUGACAAAUUUGGAUUCGUAGUAUAGUGCUGUUUGAGCUAGCUCAGCAGCAUCACAGAUCUAGCAUACCAUGCUGAUUGGAGCAUGACAAAUUGCAAAACACGACUAGAAAAUGCUUCUCAUGGAGCUCCGCAUGAGAAACAUUUUCAGCAUGCAGAUUUGCAUUACAACUCUGGUGUGGGUACGUUUUUACUCAGGAUACGCCGCCGGGCGGCUGCGCGAGCGCCGGCAGCGGCGGCUGGCCAUCGAAGACCGCCGGCGGUUGAUGGAAGAGAGUGGGGAGAGUAAGCAGAAGUGUGUGAAAAUCGAUAGUGUCGACUACUGUUCGAAAGCUGGCAGUUUGUCCGUUGAGGAGGCGGAAAAACGGCGGCAGCUCGAGUACUGGGAGGAGCGGGGCGUGGAUGCGAUUGCCACGCCGAGCAAUCCGGCGAAAGCCUCCCGGUUGUCGAAAUUCAAAACCAACCGGAACAAGCUGCGCAAGCAACGGCGGCUGCAGGGACGGCGCUGAAUACUGAUUUUGUGCGAUCGAGGAGGAUGAGUUGAAUUUCAUUUGCGUUUGUCUUUUGUUUCAUCUCGAAUUUUUCAAGUUUCCACUACUAUGGGCAUCGAAUACCAAUUAUGACUAGGGAAGAAGAUAAAGGACAGGAAGGAAUUAGAUUAUGCAAUGAGAACAAUACAGCAUUUUUUCGUUUCACCUCUACAUAAACAGUUGGAUUUGGAAAAGGUUUAAAAAUAACAUGGAGCAGUUUAGGUUCUAGAGCAACGGAACGCACCGUUUCACCACAUCUUGCGAGAUCCAAGUCAUUGAAUCACUAAACACCUGGAUAGGAACGAUCACAAGUCUUCCGACUGUGCAGGAUUUGAUUGUGACAAAGACAUGCCAAGUCGAGUCAGGUGAGUCGCCGUCUAUGAGUUAGGAUUCUCGGCGGGGAAUCCUUUCGUGACGAUACUGACCGGCAAAGGCGUUAGCGGAGAAGUGACAACGCUGAUACAGUGGGGCACUUUGAAGACUACCACGUUGUCACGUUGUGAAGAUAAGUUUCACCAACGCCAAUGUCUCCAAUUCCAUUAUCGUCAAGACUUUCACAAUUCUAUGUCAUUUUACCACGGUUGAAAAUUCUAGGAAAGUGAGUUGCGAAGUUGACCUCCGCCUUCAUCUGGGUGGAUAUCCUUCCAUUGACUUCCAUAUCACCUGCAAAAGGAAUUAUCACCUGCAAAAGGAAUAGCCAAACAAAAUGCAUGCUGGCACUUCAACUUUUUAUACAUGAUUUACUGACGAAUUUUUUCGACGGGAAAAGAAUUUCAGAAGUCACAUAUGAGGAGAAGAUAUUCUCAUCUAUCAGAUUUUGGUUUUUUCCGUUCCAUCAUGUCAUCGGUGCAGUUGCACCGAUUGCUCUUCAUGUCAUUCGGAAAAAAAAAAAAAGAAACCCUGUGGCGUUUUCAUUCUUUUCUGCAAAAGGAAAGUAAAGGGAAAAAUGGCAGUUGAAAAUAAAGCAUUGAAAAACAUUAGAAAGGAAGCACUUACGGUUGACAAGCAUGCAUAAAAGGAAAACACAAAAU